GCUGUUUCCACAUUCUUGGGUGUAUCUGUAAGCUUUAUAUAAUGUUGCCUCAUGCAUUGAGCAAAAAUAAGGGGGUGACUACAGUAUACGUUCAGUAAAAUGGCUCCAUUAGGACUCAUCUUGGUCUCAUCAGCACUACUGGCUGGGGUCUGGGCAGCAGGACCACGAACAUUAAGAGUUACAACCAUCAAGGAAGAACCGUAUGCAAUGUCUAAAGGAUCCGAACUGGAGGGCUUCUGCAUUGACCUGCUGUCGGCUGUUUCUAAGAAAUUAGAUUUUAAGUAUGAUAUUCAUGUUGUGAAGGAUGGUCGAUAUGGCAAAACAGAUGACAGCGGCAACUGGAACGGCAUGAUUGGAGAGGUUGUAAGAGGGGAGGCAGACAUCGCUGUGGCACCUCUAACUCUUACAGCUAAACGUGAGACAGCUGUGGACAUGAGCAAACCCUUCAUGCAGACUGGCCUUAGUUUCAUCCUACUAAAAGACUUGGCUUCAGAUGACUCCCAGUUCCUGAGCCUUCUUAACCUGUUCUCCACGGAGAUGUGGAUGGGUAUACUGGUCGCCUACCUGUUGACCUCUAUCUGUAUCUUCUUUGUGUCACGGAUAAGCCCCAGUGAAUGGGAGCAACCAGAAGAAGAAAAUAAUUGCUUCACCCUCGCACACAGUUUAUGGUAUACCAUGGGAGCACUUACUCUUCAAGGUGCUGGUCCUCACCCAAAGGCUCUUUCAGGAAGGGUCAUUACAGCGAUCUGGUGGCUGUUUUCAUUAGUGUUGCUUGCUUGUUACUUUGCCAACCUUAGUUUAUGGCUGCAUUCAGACAACCAGCAACUGUCAAUCAAGAGCUUUGAAGACCUUGCUAAUCAAAACUUGAUUGAGUACGGUACCAUUAAAGAUUCUUCUUCUUUUGCAUUCUUCAAGAACUCAAACAACCCCACAUACCACAGAAUCUAUGAGCAUAUCCAGAACGCCCAGAGCUAUUCACUCACUGCAGAAGAAGGUUUCCGCAAGGCUCAGAAAGGCAACUAUGCUUUCAUCGGCGAGUCUGUGUCCCUCGACCUGGCCGUGGCAAGAUACUGCAACCUUACGCGUUCCCCAGAAAUCAUCGGCAUGAGGGGUUACAGCAUUGCUGCUCCUUUAGGCUCUCCUCUACUGAAAAACCUAAGUGUUGCCAUUCUCCAACUAAGUGAGUCGGGCGAGCUGGAUUACUUCCGCAGUAAAUGGUGGGCUAGCAGUUGUGUGGCUAAAAGUGACAAGAGUGCUCCACUGAAGCCCAGCAGUCUGAAGGGAAUCUUCUUAUUACUGGCCCUCGGUCUGGGACUGGGGCUUUUCUUGGCUUUGAUGGAACUGGCUGCCAAAUCACGCAAAAUCGCUAACACUCAGCAGAAAUCCUGCUGCUCCGUGAUGUCAGCGGAACUCAGUCAGCGCUUCAGAGGUGGAGAGGUGCCGGAAUCCUCAGAGAAAAGCAAAGCCUAAACCCCAGCAUUGACACGUGUAUUUUACCACUUAAUCUAUUAAGUUCACAACAAAAGUUUUUCACUACUAACUAAACAGGGUGGGUGAAACUCAUAAAAAAAAAUGUUUUUCACACUUGCAUCGAAGAAGAAAAGAAAUUAUUCAGUGCAUUGCGAAUUCUGAUUUUUUAUUUUUAUUUUGGUUUUGGGUAACAUUACCAUUAUGUAAAAACACUUUCCAGUUUAAAUAUAAUAUUAUGAUGUUUUUUUUACAUUACGGUAACGAGAAUGAGAUUUUUUCAUAUUUCACUUAUUUUGGUGUGAAAAAUAUUUUUUAAAGGUUUCAUGAGGUUCACCUGGGUAGUCUAGCAUUGUGUAUUUUUAAACACAAAAUGUGGUUCUAUCAAUUUCUAAUCAAUUUCAUUGAUUUUAUAAAAACUAAAUCUAAGGUUUAGUUUUAUUUAGAUUUAGUUGGAUGGAAGGAUGCAUCAUUAUUUUAUUAGCAUCUUAUGUUAUGUUCUUUCAAUACAAGAACGGAUACAGCUGUUAAGAUAUAACAUUUAUUGGGAAAAAAUAAAGAUUUCCUACAAUUUUGAAAACAGUUGUCAUAUUCAGCCUUUUUAUUUCUUGAUUGCUGAGAUCAGCCCUUAUGCUAUUUUUUAAAUGCAUGUGUCGUCAUGAGUGAAAUUGUAAUAUUUCUAAAUAUAAUAGAAGAAAUAGCAUAAAUAUAUAAAUCUUUGUAUUCCUAUAAUAAAAUGAUGCAUGCAACAUGACUAAGCUCUCUCUCUCUCUCUCUCUCUCUCUCUCUCUCUAUAUAUAUAUAUAUAUACCCAUUGUCUCCUGUGAAGAGAUCAGUUUCUUCUUUUUUUCUUAAAAUUUUCUUAACAAAAUAAAAAGCUGAAAUAUGCUAUUUGCAUAUAA